CCCCUGCAUGCAUUGUUGCGGAAAAAGUGUUUUUGCCGGUGAAAUAACACGAUCAUAAUUACAUGUCUUCUAAAAUGCACAGAAAAAAAUAUUAAGAAGGAGCUGUCGUAGUUUUUCUAUUUGUUUUGUUCGGACAAAAAGGAUGUUUACAUGCUGAUAAGACCUCUGUCUGUCUCACUCUAGUUCUAUUUCACUCGACCAUUUAACGCCAGCCCAGUCCUAUUAGUUCUAGUUCUCUCCUCUGUUUUUUAUUAUCUGAUCCACGAUCUUACUUGUCUCUGUUUCUUCCUCUCUUCUCUCUCUCUUCCCUCUCUAUUGUUCCUUUAUCACAGGUCAGAUCUGCGCAAGUUGAAUCAAUUGCAUUCAUUCACACUGUGAAAUAACAAGUCAACAAGUGUUACACACAGACUUCACAGGUUUACACACAAAUACGGAUGGCGCCUGUAGUAUCAGCAGGAGGCUCUUCUGCAUUCGAUCAACUUGGAUAUUGGUCUCCUAAUACAGCUUCAGUCGAUUGGUGUGAAAAUAACUAUGUGGUCUCCUUUUAUAUCGCAGAAUUCUGGAACACGAUCUCGAAUGUCGCCUGCUUCAUUGCUGCUUUUCUAGGGUAUUAUUUCUUCCCAGGCCAUGAACGUCGGUUUAUGCUGUUGUUCUUGACCUUUGCCUUGGUCGGUUUGGGAUCUGUGCUCUUCCAUGGUACCUUGCAGCACAAAAUGCAGCUCCUUGAUGAGCUACCCAUGCUAUAUUCUGCAACAAUAAUCCUAUUCAUCCUAGUUGAGGCCAGACAUGGUCCGCAAGGUCGAUGGUUCCCUCUUUUACUCACAGCUUGGAUUGCAACAACGACGUAUAUCUUCUCCACAGCGACAGGAAAACUUCAAUUUUACACAUUCCAGUCAACCUAUACUAUCCUUCAAUUCUGCAUGAUCUACUUCUUACGGGUCCUUCACGUUCAACAACGACAACAAGGAGGCCUCCUUUAUCGCCCCAGCUCUCAAGUCACCGCCCUGAUCCGUCGUGCUUUCGUCUCUGCUCUCUUUGCAGUCUCGAUCUGGUUGGUUGACCUAAGACUUUGUGAGUUUGUCAACGGCGUCAGCACAACUUCUAUCCUCAAAUUCAAUCCUCAACUUCAUGCUUGGUGGCAUGUCUUUUCAGCCUGUGCUCUUUAUCAUGCUACCAUGCUCAUCGUCUAUUAUCAUUACGCAGUUCAUCAACAGCAGCCUUUUGUUGAUUAUUAUAAGGGCAUCAUCCCUAUUAUCCGUUUAGGUCUUCCUUCUCGUCCUAGCGAAGGAAAAGGAAAGCGAGUAGACUAGGAAAAAAA